GUAUUCCGCUUUUCCGAUUCUCUGGCUCCCCUCUCACUGCGUCUUUGUCUUCAGCAUUCAUAAACGUUGUGCUAUCCUAGGAUGUCACACCCCGGGAUCGACGCGCAGCUCCGUCGGUAGCUUGCUGUGCCGGAUAGCUCAUGCCCUUGUCCUGUUUCCUUGAACUCGUCCAAUCGCAAUGGAGUUGCGCAAGUUGACUCGUCGGAGAUCGCUGAACACUGCUGCGGAAGACCGGCCUUCGAUGACGCCCUUGGCUUCUGCAGCUGCAGCCGAACGGAAGACAAAGCGGUAUACAUGGGCAUUCAACCCCCCCAAAAAUCAGAAUAAUGCGGAGCCCGAAGAUUCUGGUUUGCAUCUCAGCACUUGUGAAGCACGACCUGUAGCGCCUGCCAGGAGUUCUUCGUCUGCGUCGUUACGUGCUGGGCCAUUGACGCUGAGCGACUUCAAUCCCGACUCAACAAUACGGCCAAGGUCCGCAGGGAGUGCAUUGGGCUCCAGAGUUGGCGCGACGAAGUCGCUUUCACAGCGAUCCGGUACGCUGGCUCCAAUCAUGGAGAAGAGGCACGUCGAAAUAUCGAGUAUACUACAACCUCGGGAUAGUACGCCUAAGGUCAAGAGAUGGGAUGCCAAAACAAAAAUUACCAGCGUUUGGGAUGGGCUUCGAAGAGAUUCGGAACUAUUCUCUGCGCGAGGCAAUUGUUCCAUACAUUUUUACGAGAAGGGUCAAUCGAGACGGGGCCCGUCGUUGAAGAUACCCCUUGAACGUAUAUACGCUUCGCGCUUCGCCUCGCUUUUCGUCCUGGUUCAUACUGAGUUUGGUCGUGGGGACUUGCAAUACCAUCAUAUGCACCGGCAAUGUGAUCUCUAUAUACCAGCUCCCGACGACUCGCGCCGAGGAGAUGCGUUCACAUGGCACAUUACAACACGAAACUUCUUCGCUUUCAUAAUUGGGCGCCCUCUUGUUGGUGUCUCUCUCAGUCAGUCAAUGAUAGACUUGCGGGAAAGAUUGAACAUUUUCAGGCCAAACGACGCUAGGAACCAACAUGAUAUGAUGGCUUAUCUACAAAAUCUCGGGUACCUGAAUUUUGCGCACUGCCCGGACUAUGCCUUGGCCAUGUUAAACUUUGCAGAGCAUUAUAGGAUUCGGGACUUAUGGGUGGACGCGUUCGUGCACUGCGUGGGUAUGCAUGACAUGUUGAGAACCACCGAGGAGUUCCAGUUCGUAUCUUAUGGUGCAAAGUUACUCAUCAACAAAGCCGCCCAGGAGAUGCGCCUGCACAUUGGACGAGUUACUUGUGCUGUCGGCAAUUUCUUGGAAGAAGAAUUCUCACCUUCGAAGUUCGGUGUUAGCAGUGGUGCCCGAGCUCAUCUUGACCGCUUCCGAAGCUUUUUAUACGAGUAUUACGUCGAGAAAUUCGGCUACUGGCCACCCCCCGAGCAUGCUCAGUUCUGCAAGUCUUUGUACAAGUCCAUGUACUUUGAUUUCAGAGCACUGUACGACUACCUCGUGGACCUCGAAUCUACAAAUUCUCUCGCGCUGCAGAAGCCUGCGUCUGGAGGAAUUUGUGUCUGGCAACAUGUCAAGGCAUUUGAUGAACGGCACGGUUACACUCCCCUGCCACAUCCACACCCAUUACUUCCACAGGAAUCAGCGCUUCAUCAGAAAUCCUCCUCUGCCCAAGCUUCCUUUAUGCGCACGUUUUCUCUAAGCAGCAAGUCAGACGCCGUUGCCGACCUUGCGUGGGCAAGAGACUCUUUGGCAGCAGCAACGAACCAGAUUGACGUGUCACACAAAGCUGCGCCUAUAGUUGCAGCUUAUCAGCGCUUCGAACGUGAUCACUCGCGCAAACAAGACGAGAAGGUCUCCAUCGCCGACGCUCGCAAGCUGCGAUGGUUGCUCAUCUAUGGUGUGCUGCAGAUGCUGAUUUCUGUCAUCCGGGCACCAAAAGAAGUGCGCAUAACCGAAACAAGCUAUCCUCUGUGUUGUCUCGUUGCAGAAUAUCCGCCGUGGCAGACUGCGGCUAAAUUGUCAACUGAUCGAAAGCACUCGGUGACUGUUCCAUUAAAGUUGGAUCAAAGCCGCAUCGACACCAACUCCGAAUUGUUGCUCCAGCGAGACACUGGGGCAAAUGAUAACACCUCCACGACUUCCGCCUCGCCGAGGAAAGCACAGUCUGUUCAGCCAGACGAUCAAGUGUCAGCAACAGUCUCGAAAACUGACGUCUCGCCGAAGUCUUCGCGGAGAUCCAGCAUCUUUCGCCAAACGUCUAUUCGCUCUGUCAAAAAUCUUUCAACUUCUAUCAGCUCGAUCAAGUCUUAUCGAGCUACAUCCAAACGGCGCGGAGCAGGUCAAGCCUCAGCACAAGAGUUGCCUCCAGUGUCUCCUACGCGUGGUUCGAACACUGUCGUCGGCAAACCGUCUCCAAACUUUUGCGAGAUCAUGGUGCGUGGAUAUGGCAACGGCCUUAACGAACAUGUGGGAUCUGAAUUUUUGCGGGCGCUACCCAUGGAGUUGACCGAGGAGAGUCUACCGGAAAUUGUGGUCAGACCUCAAUCGUCACCGACGAGGGCAGAAUUGCCACGUCAUCGUGAAAGCCAAGCCCUUGCGAAUCCAAACAGUGGUGGGAUAGACAGUACGACACAAGAUGUAGUUGCUGAUCCUUCCUCAGUCAACGCUGUCAAACUGAGCUCCAGUGCUUCAGAACGUAGUAGAACUCCGUUGAUGGACAGAUAUAACCAAGUUCUGCCUGGUCUGGAGGAACAAAAUGAUUCUUUCAGCACCCAGUCCUCAUCGAGUGGAGUGCCGCCACCUCAAGCAUGGGAAUCGUCAAGAUCGAACAGCCCACAAAGUUCUGUUUCGAGCCAGACUUCUCCGAAUGCUGUUCAUGGAGAUUCAAAGGACACGUCCACACCCGAUGGGCUUUCGCCGGUCUCGCUAACGACUUCGGAGUCUUCAUUUUCAACUCAAACAUUACCGCAAGUUUUUCCCAGCUUUGGAUCCAACGCUUUGACUUCUAGAAAAUCCAUGGAUCUUCCCAUGGUUGUCGAGAUUGAGGAGAUGAGCGUUUACCAGCCGACUGGAAUUCCGCCCGUAGGCGGACCAAAGAUUGCUGAUGAAGGGGAUGAUGAUGAGGAAGAAUUCCCAGACCGAGAUGCGAGCAAGCGGUGGAGCGUGGCUUAUAAAACUCGCGCGCCGAUCGUGAGUGUGCCCGUUUCGCUCAAGAGUACUCUUCGACGCACUCGAACUAUUGCCAGUCAAACCACGAAAAGGAGGAGUGUGCGCUUCUAGGGGAAGCCUUUGGAAUGGCUGCACAAAUUUAAGAACGGCGGCGACAACUCGAAUCGAGAGAUGCCUCUCUACAAGGCCACGUAACGGAUUUCUACGUCUACAGUAAUACAUCUCUUACUCUUACACGUAUGUCGCGCUAUACACUACAAAUGUACUGUUUGAAUACGGAAUGGCGACGAAGUUGAUAUUAUACCCCCACUUAUGACACCCAUGGUUCGUGUACCUUCUUACGAGCCAGAUUUGCAGUCUUUUAGCUAUGGGAGUGUCAAAGUCGUAGCCGACUUGAGCAAUGAUAUUUGACCGAUUACCAAUCUUGAA